AAGGGUAUAUGAAAGGGAUUAAGAAACUUUUCACAUACGGUAAAAGGGUUUAGUCUACGUUGCACUUUCAUAAACCCUUAAAGGGUUUAUUAUUCUACCCUUUUUUUUUACAGUGUGUUUACCAAAAGAUUAAUUUGUACCGAAUGUCAAAAUAUUCUGUUCCAUAAUAAUAAAGUAUGUAAAUAUUGUGCUUCAUCAGAUAGCAAGUCGAUUGCCACUGUAUUUGAUAUCAAUCAUCAACUUGUAUUAGCACGAAUGCUUGAUCGUCUAGUACCUGAUAUUGAACGUAAUCGACAGCAGAUUUUAAUUGAUAGUUCAUCACCACAAAAUAACAAUGAUAUAAUGUUUAACAAAAUCUAUCGUGAUCUUCAAUAUAAAUACAGUUUAACACCAUUUGUUUCGCUGUUGUUACACUUGGAUGGUAUAGCCUUGAGCAAAUCCAGUAAACUUAACUUAUGGUUGUUCAGUUGUACCAUAAUUGAACUACCUGUUGAAUUAAGAUAUCGUCGUUGUAACACAGUAGUUCUAUCUGUUUGGGUUGGUUGUCGUGAACCAAUAAUUGAUGCAUGGUUAAGUGAAAGUCUACAACAACUAAAUACCGUAAAAAAGAUAGGUGUUCCAAUUCGGUCUGUUUUUUCUUACAAGAUCGUAAUAUAUGGACUGACGGGUGACUGUCCAGCUAUUAAACUAGCGACCAAGCAUGUUAAUCAUCAAGGUUAUUGGUGUUGUUGGUUUUGCUAUACUAAGGGGAUUCACGAAGACAAAAAGCGACAAUAUUAUUUCGAAAAUAAACUUUCUCUUCGUUCUUCAUCCGAGUAUUCUUAUUAUUCGAAAGAAGCGCAAAGAACAAAUACGAAUAUUUUUGGCCAUCUUGGUGUUUCACCAUUCACAACUGUUUUUGAUGUGCCUUUACCUCGUUGUUUGAUCAUUGAUUAUAUGCAUGUAUCUCUCCUUAGGCAUACAAAAGCCGUUAUUCAAUAUUUGUAUAAAAAUUAUUUGAAACCAAGAGAAAGGAACGAAUUGGAUGAAAGUUUGAUUAAGUGA